CAAGGAGUGAGUGAUUGACUUUAUCAGUCCAAGGACAUCAUUCACUUGUAAAGGGGGGGAAAGUUUGAUCCACUUUCUCGAGGAUCAUAGUUACGGGAGUUUUUUUCUCUAACACAGUUGCUGGAAAGAAGGAUUCUACUUAUUGGCCGUCUAUUUUUCGCUCUUCAAAACAGAGAGUUUCGCUCUUCGAACAACAGAGAGUUCGCUGUUUACCGUUUUAUAUCGCGGGGUUCAACAUUUUAUUUACAAUUUGUUAAACUUUGUCAUUUACGAGUUUUUGUUUUAAAAUAUUAUCAUUGUUUUUUUCUGGCCGAUGACUAUGCUUCUUGAUAGUGGUCCGCAGUUCUCUGCGCUAGGUGUUGGGGGUUUUGGGACACCGAGGCACCAUGAGAUGGGGAACAGGGACCCAGGGUUGGGGCUCAAUCCCUUUGGAGAUUCUUCCCAUUCGGCCGCGUUCAAACUCAGCCCCGUAACUCAUGAUAUAACCUCCAGCCAGACGUCUGCGUUCACUCCGCAAGCCUCCGGAUACGCAGCUGCCCUCGGACAUCACCACGGUGGGCAAGUGAGCUCGUACAGCAGCGGGGCUUUCAAUUCAACCAGGGACUUUUUGUUAAGAAACCGCGGAGCAGGCAUUGGAGAGGCUGCAGCAAGCAGUGCCCAACAUGGGAUCUUUGGUCCUUCGGCAGGGAGUCUGCAUGGACCCCCUGGACUUUCCGAUAGCCCGGGACACCUCUUGUUUCCUGGGCUGCACGAGCAGACAGCGAGUCACACUUCCCCAAAUGGACACAUAGUAAAUAGUCAAAUGCAUUUGGGUUUGCGCGGGGAUAUUUUUGGAAGACCAGACCCGUAUCGACCAGUUGCCAGCCCCCGGACGGACCACUACGGCACUACCCAACUUCACAACUACAACCAUCCGAUCAAUAUGAACAUGGGGAUGAACGUACCCACACACCACGGUCCCGGGGCUUUCUUCAGAUACAUGCGACAGCCUAUUAAGCAAGAAAUGUCCUGUAAAUGGAUAGAUGAGAACCAGAUGAACAGACCCAAAAAGACAUGCGAGAGGACUUUCAGCACCAUGCACGAAUUGGUAACGCAUGUCUCGAUGGAGCAUGUUGGCGGACCUGAACAAAGUCACCACGUUUGUUUUUGGGAGGAUUGUCCCAGAGAAGGAAAGUCUUUUAAGGCCAAAUACAAACUCGUAAAUCACAUCAGAGUGCACACUGGAGAAAAACCGUUCCCCUGCCCAUUCCCUGGGUGUGGAAAAAUAUUUGCCAGAUCGGAAAAUUUGAAAAUACACAAAAGAACUCAUACAGGUGAAAAGCCAUUUAAAUGUGAGUUCGAUGGCUGCGACAGGCGCUUUGCAAACAGCAGCGACAGAAAAAAGCACAUGCACGUGCACACUUCAGACAAGCCAUACAUCUGCAAAGUGUGCGACAAGUCCUACACACAUCCCAGCUCUCUCAGGAAACACAUGAAGGUACACGAAUCUCAAGGUUCAGAGUCUUCUCCAGCUGCAAGUUCUGGGUAUGAGUCGUCUACACCACCAGCUAUGGUGUCAACAAACACUGAGGAAUCUACAAAAACACCGCCGUCAGCUGUGCAAAAUACUUCAGCGCAUAACGACGGACUUCCGCCGAACUUUAAUGAAUGGUAUGUUUGAAAACGAGCAAAGUUGACUCUCAAAGUACCACAAGGUUAAGGAAACCAAUUCCACUUGCAUCCUAAGGUGUUCAGAUGGGGGUAGUGGAGCAACUUUUCUGAGGAGAUAAGAUAGCAUGUCCACGCGCCACCAGGCCUUGUCCUUUCUCAGGAUUUGAAAGUGACUUUUACUCCGAGUGAGAAGCAAACAGAAUCACAAAUAAUACAAUAACAGUUUCUAAAAAUACUGGAUAUCCAUAUUUAGUUUACAGAUAAUUAUUUUAUUUUUAUUUCAUUUAUUUUUCCUCAAAAUGUAUUUAAAAAAAGAAAAAAAGGAAAAAUCUUUCACGGUGUCGGGGUGAUGAUCAUAUCACCUUUGAAUUGAUUGUUAAAACUUCACACAGUCUUAAGAAACGUGCCAAAGUCUUUGUCUUGAACUUGAACAAAAAAUAAAUAAAUAAAUAAUAAAUAAAUAUAUACUCGUGAAUGUAUUUUCCUUGUUUGAUGGGGUCUAAUCUGUUGUCAACGUCCGUUUUCAGGUGGAAUGUGGUAUUCGAUUACGAUUGUUACCGUUGAAUUUACCGUUGCCUUUUGUUAAUAACAAUGUAAAUACAUAUCCAUGAUGCCAUAUUUAUCCAUUUGUAAUUUAAAUAUCGGUAUAAGUUCCGACAUUGAUAUGAUAUUUAUGGAAAUGUUUUCUAACAAGACUGUACAGUUUUGGAUCAUAACCUAACAUUAAAAAUUCUUAAAUCUAAAGCUCACAUAUUGCGAUUGUAUCUUUUUUAAUACAUAACUGUGUCAUGUUCCGAUAUGAAAAAAAAAUACCAAUUAUAUGAAAAAUAUGGAUUGACAAUAGUUUAUAUAUUAAUGGUUUUAUUUCCGUCAGCUCUGUUUUAGCAUGUGAGGCCAUUGAUACAGGCCCGUCUGUUGCCUACAAUACGAAUUCUGUAAAGCUGACUGGUUUUCUUAUUUAUAAAGCGAUGACAGAUUAUGGUGCUUUUUGUGUUAGCAUUCCUUUCCUUUUUGGUCAGUUUCACUUUAUUUGAUGAAUUUUGCUUACUUUAUUCAUUAGGGCGUAGGCUAGAUUUCAACUGCAACCUCAGUACCCGCUUUGGGGAUAAACUCAGUUGUCUUUUAUAGGCCUGUGUAAGACCAGUUAGUUUCUUUGCAGUGAGGUUAUGUAUAUGCAUAUAGUUGUGAGCCAUAAAAAGAAUUAAAGUAACACGAGUACUUCCAGUGUUUAAAGAUAAAUAUCCCUAAACGAUCAGAUUUCGUAGUUACUUUGUAUGGUUCCAGCAUCGAUUGUCUCUGUGGAUGCAAAAUAUGUGUUUCAGUGUGUGCAUCAAUGUUG